AUAGAAGAAGAUUUUCUCUCUCUCCGCCUCCUCCCACCUCUCUCUCUCUCUCUCUCUCUCUAAAAUGGAUAAAAUACAGCACAAGUUGGUGGAAGUGAAGGGGGUGAAGCUUCACGUAGCCGAGAUCGGAAGCGGUGCAACGGCGGUGAUGUUCCUCCACGGCUUUCCAGAGAUAUGGUACACGUGGCGCCACCAGAUGGUCUCCGUCGCAAGCUGCGGUUACCGGGCAAUCGCACCCGAUUACAGAGGGUACGGACUAUCCGACCCACCACCCGAGCCCGAAAAGGCAUCGCUCAUUGACUUCGUCACUGACCUCGUCGCGAUUCUCGAUGUGCUCAACAUUUCCAAGGUUUUUCUUGUUGGUAAAGACUUUGGAGCCCCAAUUGCUUACCUCAUUGACAUUUUGCACCCAAAGAGGGUCUCAGGAAUAGUAUCAUUGGGUAUGCCAUUCAUGCCCCCACGUCCUACGCACAAUAGCCUCCCGGAAGGCUUUUACUGCUCAAGAUGGAAGGAACCUGGACGAGCUGAAGCUGAUUUUCGUCGCUUUGAUGCUAAAACAGUUGUUCGGAACAUCUACAUCCUCUUCUCCAAAAAUGAAUUACCAAUAGCUCGGGAAAACCAGGAAAUUAUGGAUAUGGUGGAACCAUCUGCUCCUUUACCCGCGUGGUUCACAGAGGAAGAUCUUGCAAUCUAUGGCGCUUCGUAUGAGAAAUCGGGAUUUCAAACUGCAUUGCAAGUUCCUUAUAGGUCAAUGCACAAACCACCAGUCAACAUACCAGAUCUGAAAAUCGAAGUCGAAGCUCCGACACUACUGAUCAUGGGGGAGGAGGACUAUGUCUUUAAAAUUCCAGGACUAGAAGACUACAUAAGAAGUGGAGAGGUGAAGACAUUUAUCCCUAAGUUGGAGACAAUCUACUUGCCCGAAGGAUCACAUUUUGUUCAGGAGCAAUUUCCUGAUCAAGUGAACCACCUAAUUCUCACCUUUCUCAGUACCCAUAGUUGAUUUACAAAGAUACGUUGUCAUUAAAUUUGAAGUGUGUUUGAAGGUCAGAUAUAAGGCCAGUCUCCGUUGCAUUCACAUGGAGAUUUUUUUACGUUGAUGAUUAACUCGACUUUGUGUGUGACUUGCAAUAUUUGUAUCUUCUAAUUAAUGGCACUUUUUAUACCAAAUUCAAUCAAUAUUUUGCUUGCGAUGGUAA